AUGCCAAUCAUCCAAGACAUUUCCGAUAUUCCAGAACCUGAUGAUUUUAAGGAUUCCCACACUUUGGAUCUCAGGUCGGAUCGCAUUUUAGAAAAUCAAUCUGAUGACGAGUCCUGGUUGACAGCCAUCCAGACCAAGAAAAUCUCAUCGACACCAGUUCCACUUCCCUCAGCACAACAACUACCACCUACUAAAUCUGAGGCUAUCAAUACUGAUGCAAUUUUAGAGGAAUUACGACUUAGACCUAGUAUUGAAAGGUUUAUUGAACUUAUAACAAUUUUUGAAAAACAACAAAACACCUCGGAAUCUACGACUUCCCCGCAAUUAGCUUCCGUUCUGGCAACGGUGCUCAAUGUCAACCUGCCUGAUCUCUAUACCCAGCUUGACCCAAGUACAGAGCUUGGCCCAGUUCUACAUCUUUUUGACUCACUUCCAGGCAUUGCCAGCAUUUUAGCUCAAAUUAAAACUCAUUUAAGGGCCUUUCUUGACGACGAUAGCGACACAAGAAAUACCACAGCCUCAAUAACCGGCUCCGCAUCAUCUUUUCUAGUGGACCCAGGCGAGCGCAAUAAACACGCAUCUGCAAAAGUCACUGAUACAGACUUAAGACCUACUGCUACUAAACAUACCCGCGUUUCGGAUACCCUGCUGGCAGCAUUCCGCCAGACAUCGUUGCUCCUUGAUCUGCUGGCAUCGAUGCUUGAGCAACCUGGUGCAGUGGCGUGUAUGUACAUUCGUGCUAUUGCCUCGUCAUCUUCUGCCCGGCGGCCUGCUGCGUUUCGCGAGGUGGCUGCUUACAUUGCUGGAUCACGCGUAUACAUGCUUGCUGCACAGUGCCUGACGGUGUUUGGCCGACAUCCACUUAUUACUGGACCCGAGCUUUACGCUGUGUCGUGGCGGUGGCUUUGUGAUCCGCAAGCAUACCAGCGAUUUUUGGUAGCAUCUUUGCUUGACAUGCUUCGUAACAAGAACUGUGAAGAAGCCAUUCCAGACUUUUUGUUGCGCGGUUUACGGUUGCACGGAUCCGCUGGUGGUCCACAAAAUACCGUGCUGCUGAGCAGUUUUAUUGAUCCGCAUAACCAUGAGCUUACAGAAGAUCUAGCCUUACAAGCAUUUGCCACCAUGAAGCCCCUGGAUGUCCGUACUGUAUUUUCUUCAUACAUUAUUCCAUAUAUUUACAGAACUUACCUGUGUGUGCCUGUGGUUCUUGAGCAAGACGAAGACGAGAAUAGCGGUGGUGCCGAGGCACGUAAUAUUGUUGGUGCGUGCGCAGAUUUACUUGUGCGGCUAGUUUGCGCAUGUAUUUCUCCGUUAUCAGGAGACAUCGAUAAGCAACGAGCUACGCUAGAAAGCAUCACACAUAAUUUCCCCGCAAUGGCAAUGUCGCCGCAGUAUUCGCUUGGGUUACGCAGGGUCCUUGUAAUUGUUUUGGAUACAGUCUACAAAAAGUUUGAUUACGGGGAAUGGCAGUAUUUACAAAUUGAAGAGUUGCUGGCAGAGUGGGGGAAAAAUAUGAAUAUUCGACAUGCGUCACUCGUGGCUCAGCACGCUCAAUCAGAACUUUUAGUUCUAUGGACGCUUAAUCUUGCUCGUGGAGGCUAUGUAGAAGAUGCAGAGUUUAUCAAGUCCAAGAUUUUGGAAUCUGCUGCGUACCUAAAUGCAAUUACCAAUAGAUUAUCAUCAAAUUCGGUGCGCCCGCGGGUAUUGGGUAUGGCUGUUGCGGAAACGUUUAGUCGCGAGCUGGAUAAAAAGAAUGAUGCGCCAUUGAGUUUUGGUGUGGAUGAAGUUUAUGGAGCAGACUUGGAUUAUUUCCGGAAAUACCUUGUGGGACUCAAUGAUCAUUUAGUUAAAGAAGGGAGCUGGUGGGAAGUACUGGAGAAAAACCAUGACCAUAUUCAGCCUAAAAAGAAAAGAACUGCAGUUGAAACAGAAGAUGAGGGAUACCCCGAAAGCAAUGCAGACGAAAUGGAACUUGACGAUGAGGAUGAUAAUAACGAUAAUGGUGAAUUUGCGCCUUUAUCUUUUGCACCGGAACAGGAUCUUGAUUCAGAUUUAGAAGAAGAGGAUCUAGAUGAUCCAUCGCUUAAUGUGCUGGACAAGGAUAAACGCAACACCAAACCUCCAGUAUACAUUAAAGAUUUGGUUGCAUAUCUUGAUGCUACUGAGUCAUUUGCCAAGCAGAAGCUUGGAUUGGAGACUGCAGCCAAGUUGAUUGAACAAAAGGCUAGAUACGGAAAAGAGUUGCAAUUUUACAGCAAAGAACUGGCUACGGCCUUGGUGGGGAUGCGUAACAAUUUCGACAUUAAACAGUUUGAGGAGCAGCGUGGGUCUGCCCUGGCGACGCUUGUGGCUGCAGAUCCUUCUCGGGUGGGCCCGCACUUAUCUGUGCUUUUGGUGACUGGUGAUUAUUCUGCGCUACAACGGACUGUUGUUUUAAGUGGGUUGGCUUCUGGCGCUGAGAUUUUGGCCAACAGCAAGACGGGUGCAGGUAAUUCACCAGUGUUUGCAUCUCGAAAAUUGCCUUCAGAAGCUUUGCACAAACUGUUUUUGGAAAUGGAUGAGGUAUCACUUGGUGGUGAUCCUGACGAACAGAAAAGGCUUGGAGCCGAAGGCUAUAGCGGAGCCCAUCUCAAAACACUGACGUACGAGAUGCAGCAGGAGCUAUUGGGUGGAACUACUGAACGGGCACAGGAGCAGCUUGUGGGAGCAGCUCGGGAAUUGCGGGUGUCAGGAAGUCUCGAAAAACAGCGGAAAGAAGGUACCGUUGGGAAGCUUCGACCAAGCGGUGUGUUGGCGCGGACAAAUGUGUAUGCCAAGACAGCAGCGCGGUCCUUUUUCCUGCCGCUGGCUGGUAACUGGCAGCGGGUAUCUGGAUCUUCGUCUUCGAGUGCAAGGGGAACACCGUACUUUGGAAUGUUUUUAGCACAGGUGCUGCGUACACUUGCUGUGUUGCUGUACUUGGCUGCGCCUGGAUCUACGGAACUCACGGAGAUGAGCGGAGUUUUGUUGGAAAUUGUGAUGGCGCAACGUGCACGCGGACUCCGAGGGGCUGUUGAGUCUGGAAAUGAGAAUGCCCAAGUUUAUGAGGAUUUGGCAGUACGCGAGGGUCUGUACACCGCCAUCUUGGCUAUUGUGCAGAUUGCACGUGAACAAGACGGUGGUGAGGCACUUGUGAGUCGAUGGCCCCAGGAAGUGGUGGAGCUCAAGCUCUGGGUUGAAGAAAUGUGGGAAAACCACGAGGAAGGGGUCGGUGGAGGCAGCAGCAUUGAGUCUGCAACAACCUUGCCAGCUUCUGCUACUGGUCUCGGGGCCAUGGACUACGAGGCACGGAGGGUCCGAGGGCUUGCAGCGAGUGCUGUGUUUAUGGUGGACGAGAUUGUUGAGAAGUGGCAGCGAAGGUUAGUUGGAGAGCUAGUGAGUCCGGAGAAUAGUAUGAAGGAGCUGCGGAUUGAGCGCACAGGAGUUUUAGGAGGCCAAGUGAGGAUCCGUUGA